AUGGCUCUCGUUCUUCAAGGCGCAACAUUCCUCCACCAGUACCUGGGCGCAUUUCUGCACUCCGCGCCGCAGAAGUCGCCGAAUGCCCUCAGGCUCGGCGUGCUAUCCUCCGCCCAGAUCAACGCCGCAGCUGUCAUCCAUCCCGUCGAAACCCACCCCGACGUGAUCCUCUACAGCAUCGCCUCGCGCGACGCCGCGACAGCCGCCCACGCCGCCAAGCAGUACCACUUUACCCGGUCGCACGACUCGUACCAGGCGCUGCUGGACGACCCGGCCGUCGACAUCGUCUACAUCUCGACUCCGAACGGGCUGCACUACGAAUGGGCGGCCAAGGCGAUCCAGGCGGGGAAGCACGUCCUCUGCGAGAAGCCCUUCACCUCGAACGCGGAGGAGGCGCGCGCGCUGAUCGACCAGGCCAAGGAGAAGGGGGUGACGAUUGAGGAAGCGUUCCACUGGCAAUUCCACCCCGCGGCGCACGCCUUCCGCCACAUCCUCGAAUCCGGCGAGUAUGGCCGCAUCAUCCGCACCGAGGCCAUCAUGACCGCCAGUCCCGGGGUGCCCAAGGGGGAUAUCCGGUGGCAGUAUGAUCUUGCGGGCGGAUCCGCAAUGGACAUGACAUACGCGCUCUCGUUCACGCGCUACGCGCUGCGCAGCCAACUGCCCAAGACGAUCCACUCGGUGACGGCGCGACGCUCGGCGGCGGACCCGCGCGUCGACGAGGCGAUGUACGCGUACGUGACCUUCGAGGACGCGCAGGGCCGCGAAGUGCACAGCCGGAUCUACACGGACAUGGCGCGGGCGUGGGCGGCGGGGGGCCUGGUGCCGCGGUUCUGGGAGCUGCCGUCGAUCGAGGUGGAGACAGACAAGGCGAUCAUCUUCUUCUACAACGCGAUGAUGCCGCACCUGUACCACUACAUCGCCAUCACGGACAAGACGACGGGGAAGACCAAGUCCCACCGGCAGUAUCGCGGGGGUCCGCUGUGGGGCAACGUGACGACCAGCGACGGGGCGCGCGGCGGCCAGUCGGCGUGGAGUACGUAUCGGUGGCAGCUGGAGGCGUUUGUCGAUGCGGUGCGCGGGAGGACGCCCGCGUACUGGAUCCCCGGCGAGGAGAGUAUCUGGCAGAUGGAGUGCAUUGAUCGAUUGUAUCGCGCGGCGGGGCUGCCGGUGCGGGGGGAGCAGGCGGAUGAGAAGGAGUAGUGAGCAGUGGUGGGAUAUGAUUCAUCUUGAAUUUAUG